GGCGAUGGCGUGCGCGAUCAAGGGAUACUCGGUCGUGAUUACCAUGCCUAAGAAAAUGUCGCUUGAGAAAGAGGCGCUCUUGAGGGCGCUUGGGGCACAGGUUAUCCGUACGCCUGACGAAGAGCCUUGGGAUUCGCCCAGGAGCCAUAUAGGUGUUGCGUGUAGGCUCCAGCGAGAGAUCGAGUAUGGGAUUAUAUUGGAUCAGUAUCGGAAUGUGAACAACCCACUCGCUCAUGAGUAUACUACCGGACCAGAGAUCAUCGCUUCUGUCGUCUCAACUCCAUCCACGCUUGACGCAUUCAUUGCCGGUGCUGGUACAGGCGGCACCAUCACAGGCGUCUCACGUGCACUCAAGAAGACGCAUAAUGCAGACUGCAUCGUAGUCGGUGUCGACCCAAUCGGUAGCAUCCUUGCGGUGCCCAAUAGUCUGAACGUCAGUGGGGAAGGCAACCCAUACGUCGUGGAGGGUAUAGGGUAUGAUUUUAUUCCUGAUGUUCUUUCUCGGGAUGAGGCGAAUGUGAAUCAUUGGGUGAAGACGUCUGAUGAGGAUGCGUUCAAGGCUGUGCAGGGUCUUAUGAGGAAAGAGGGCCUGCUUGUUGGUGGGAGUAGCGGAAGUGCGCUUAGUGGUGCUUUGGCUUGGCUCAAGACGGAACAGGGGCAAAAAGUCGCUGGGACAGAGGGAUUGAACGUUGUUGUGCUCCUUCCAGAUGGCAUUCGGAAUUAUAUGAGCAAGGAGUGGUUUUUGAAGAAUGCCUUCCAGACGGAGCAUUCAGACCUCGCUACACGGAUUUCGGGCAUUUUGGCGCAAGAGGAGAUACCGCCUGUUCAGCAAGCUAAUCUCUAGUGCGGACUUGGACUUGGACUUGGACUUGUUCUUUGACUGGUUGCGGCGGAUCGGUUUUUACUUUAAUCAUUCACAAUAAGCGCAUGAUGUUGUCUUUGAUCAAUCACAGUAUUAUUUCCUUGCACAAAUUUUUAUGGUUGCAUGCAGAAGCGAGGCAACCCAUUUUCACAUGA